AUGCCUCUAAAUUCUUUAAAUAUUGAAUUUCAUUUGCAGACUGAAUAUUAUGCUUUGAUCACUAAGCUGGAUAAUUUCGUUGUGAAACUCCUGAACCACAUUUACACUCAAGCAGAAUUGGAAUUGAUCAUUAAUAAAGUGGGUAAAAGCAACGAAGAGAAAUACGAAAAUUUGGGACGAUUGAAAUUGGCGAUCAGAUACCAAAAGAAACAGUUUGUUGUCCAUCCUGCCAUCCAACAGAGACUCGUUUAUACCUGGUACGCUGGCAAACCUCUUCUAGAACAUUCUGGAUUGUUCCAGAAACUCUGCGGAAUGUUAUUGGUUCUCAUUUUUUAUCCAGUCCUGCUUGUGGCACAUCUAGUAAGACCAAAAUCCCAGAUGGGAAAGAUCCUCGUGUAUCCAUGCAUAAAGUUCAUGUGUCAUAUCCUCUCGUUCAUUGUUUUUCUCUCCUUGAUUGCGAUUUCGUCACUGAACCAAGAGAAAUACUUGGGCCAAAGAUUUUCAGAAGUCCUACCGGAUAUCUAUGACCAAUAUGUCACGUUCAGGAACGCCUCGAAGAUGGAUUUCUUUGGUCAAGAUUUCCCCCUGCGGAAAUCGUCAAUCAAUGAAGUAGAGAAGGACAAAUCGACUAAAUAUUUACGACAAAAUCUAAAUUCCAGUGCACAUUUUGAUGAAUUUUUGUACCAAAUCUACUGGCUGAAUGCGGAUCGCUACUAUUGGGAUAUGUAUGACCCGGAUAAUAUUUCGGAUGCAACUCAUGCUUUGGCCAAUAUUCUGACAUUUGCCAGAAUCUCUUACGUAUUGCCGGCGAGCUCAACUUUAGGACCAUUGCAAAUUUCACUUGGCAGAAUGAUCAAGGUAAAUGACAAAUUGUUUCCUAGUCUCUAA